ACCCAGUGUUUAAAAAUGUUUUGGGUUGUACUGACUGAUUUAUUCUCCCUGUCCUCCUCUGCAGCUUUCAACAAGGAGCAGGAGAAGGAGAAGAACCUGGAGGAGGAGCGCAGCGUCCCCCAGUCAGCCUUCCUGGGCCCCACGCUGUGGGACAAGACCCUGCCCUACGAUGGUGACACCUUCCAGCUGGAGUACAUGGACCUGGAAGAGUUCCUGUCUGAGAACGGCAUCCCCUCUAGCCCCUCCCACCACCACCACCACCACAACCAGCACCAACCACACGCUCCACAACGCCAGCCGCCAAUCAUGCCUCAAGCCCCGCCCACGCCUGCGCCCUCGGUGAUGGACCUCAGCAACCACGCCUCAACCUCCGUACACACGAGCGUCGUCUCUCCAAACUGCCUCCACAGCAGCCCGGCAAGAGCAGGCCUCCCGAACUCCAGAAACACUCCCAGCCCCAUCGACCCAGACUCCAUCCAGGUUCCCGUUGGAUACGAGCCCGACCCGGCUGACCUGGCUCUGUCCAGUGUUCCGGGGCAAGAGAUGUUCGACCCGCGCAAACGCAAGUUCUCGGCCGAGGAGCUGAAACCACAGCCCAUGAUCAAGAAAGCUCGCAAGGUCUUCAUCCCGGAAGACCUGAAGCAGGAUGACAAAUACUGGGCCAGGCGCAGGAAGAACAACUUGGCAGCCAAGCGGUCCCGGGACGCAAGGCGGCUCAAAGAGAACCAGAUCGCCAUCCGAGCCGGCUUCCUGGAGAAGGAGAACUCGGCUCUGCGGCAGGAGGUGGCCGAACUGAGGAAAGAGCUGGGACGCACCAAGAACGUCCUGGCCAAGUACGAAGCACAGCACGGACCGCUGUGAGGAACCACACACUCUCUGAGAAGGAUGACCCCGCCUCCUCCUGAUCCACCAGCGACCCUCCUUUCACUUCUCCGCCACUCGCAGUCCUGAUGGCUCGAUUCGCGGCAGGUGAACAUAUACUUUUGGAACAUGGAGAAAAACUUAAAGGACCAGUCUGCUGUUAUUCUCUAUUUUUCUUAUUGUCAACAAAUCUCACGUUCAGACUGAAACCAACAGCAGUCCGUCUCUCAAUACUGUCUGACUUCCUGUCUGCUCAUUGGUUCCUACUCACAAAUAUAUAGUGUAAAAAUGUCUUAUUUUUAUCAAACAAACAGGAGGGAACAGGGCAUUUGUUGGGGACUAUUUUCAGCAGCGGAUGAAUCCACAUUUGGUGCAGCAGCACGGUGUAUACAUAAACCAGAAGGAAGAUGUCCCCUGGUGCAACUUUAGACGUGUUUCCAUCAAAAUGUGUCGCAAAUUUGAACCCAGUUUUGAGUAAAUCAGCAAAAGAAAAUGUGAAUGCUCGUCUCCAUUCACCGUUAUUAUUAGGAGUUGGUUCAUCGAGAUGAGCGGUAGGUUGAGAGAGGAGAAGGAAACUUUGAAUUUUGUUGUUUCCAAUCAACCUUUUUCAAUAUGAUGCACAUAAACAUUCGCUGAUAGAAGCACCAGCGUGGCUCACUGGUGUGUUUCUCUGUGGCAGAGGAAGAGGAAGAGGAAGGCUGUGAUACACAGUCACUACCUGCUGGUUUGGGAUUUGUUGGCAAUAACAGAAAUCUAGAAUAUUAACGCACGUUUUAUUAGCUUUUAUUUUUGGCCCUUCUUUCCGAGCCAGGAGUAUUAUCAACACGUCUGUGCAGUAUUCCUCCCAACUUUUCUGUGGCAACCAGCAACCAGCAGCAGUGUAAAGACGGGCAGUUUGCUCCUGCCCUGAGUCGAGCUCAUUAUUCAGGAUCAUUAAACAGACACACACACACACACACACACACACACACACACACACACCUGUGAUCCCUCCUCACGGACUCAUUUACCCAUCUGACGUCUGACCUCCGACCCCUCUUCUCCCAGUGGUAUGGUAACAGCACUUUAGAACUACCGACGCCUCGCUCUACACCCACCCCCCACAGACUCCGCCCCCCCACAUGUACAUACCCGCUCCUGAUGUGUACCGCCUCCUGCUGCCGCGCUUCUGUUGGUUUUCUAUCAGGGCCGUUUCAAGCCUUUUUUGGGGCCCUAAGCAGUAUUUUUAUGGAUAUUUAUGGAAAUAUAAGAAGGAGGAUAUCAAAGAUGCACUCCCUGAUUUUGAUACAGAACGAUAAACAUCUUUAUUUGUUAGCACCCAAAUUUGUUCCUAAAAUGUGUUAAAAUCUUCAAGUCUGCUAUAACAACAUCAGAGAGUGUAUCUUUAAAUACUUCAGUUAUGACAAAGACAGUUAAGAGAGGAACCCAAAGAGAGUCUGUUUGUUUAUGGGGCCACAACCGACCAGCAACACAUUUUAGUGUCAGUGUCUGAAUUCAGACUGCAGCUCAUGUGAUUGUUAAUGUGAUAUUUCCCCUUUAUUUCGGUGUCUUCAGUGUCUGUAUAAUGAUUGAGUGUCCUCUUCUGCUGUAUCUGUGUUUAUGUGUCUGAUGAUCGUCUAUGUGUUCAGAUGUGAAUCUUGCCAUCGGACACACGCUAACAUGCAGCGAUGUUCAGUCUGAAAAGCUGCUGCCUGCUGGGACAUAAAAACAGACAAACUGUAGAAAUCUCAGCACUGCUGGAAGUUACAAUAAUGUAGAUCUUCGCUUUUUACACACUGAUUUGUUUUUAGUUUACAGCGGUUAAUUGUAAGUCAGUAUGAAAAUCAGCAUUAUAGCUCAUUAUAGCACGUCCAAACCAUCAUCCAUUCUUAGUUUGCUCAAUCUCACAUAACUUUUUAGAAAACACAAAGAACAGUUGAUACUCCAAACUAAAUAAUAUUUGGAAACAAGAUCUUUUCGAUGCUAGCUUGUGCAAACAGGAUAAAAAAGUGUUUGUAUUGUAAGAUCUUCACAGGCUUCCUUCCUGCUGACUGCAGUAUAUCAUAAAGCAGUGGUUCCUAACCUGGGGAUCACGAGGCCUUCUUGGUUUUAAGGCGUGCUAGAAAUCAGUUUGCUUUAAUGGAUGGUGGCUGUCGCUACCUGAGGAUGAAUACAGGUUGAGGAAGGCAUGUGCGGGGAUUUCUACAGUUAUGAACCGGUUGGCACAAACUGAACUGUGACCUGACAUGUCGGGUGGCGUCACAGCUCACGUUUUACAAUCUUAUGCUGCCCAUAUGUCAGUUUGAACUGUCACUGCCUCGUUCUCUCUGUACUCUGUUUUUGUGGAUUUUCCUUUUUUACACACUUCAAUCUACUUUGUGUGUUGUGUUGAGGACAAAAUGUCAGAAAUGUGCUGCUGUUUUUUUGUGCCUGCAGGCUCAUUAAACAGUCAGUACUGCAGUUCACCAUUACAAAGGAAGGAAACAAAUACUUUUUAACAACCUGGUUCUUGUUUCAUAAGUGGGCUUUUAUUUCAAAAAGAACAAACAUAAGACCCAGAUUGUCAAAAAAAACUUUAAAGUAAGUUAAGUUAAAGAGUAACUAUACCCCCAAAACUUUCUGCUGAAAACCUCUAUAUGGAUAUUUACUUACUUACAUAUUGGACAGUAUUUGAAUUCUACAUAUUGUGCUAUAAAUAUUCAUAUUAGCUUAGCUAGCGUUACAACACAGGUAGCACACAGAAACUUGAAUGUGUUUCUAGUGACUGUUAAAGUUAGUUACACUUUAACAAGCUAAUACGUGCUGUUGCUGUUUGUCGAUCGCUCUCCUCAAACUGGCCAAGAGAAUGUCCCUAAAGAUUGAACAGGGUUUUCCUUUUAAUUCACUAUAGAAACCAAACUGUUUCCCUUCAGUGCAAUAGAUGGUUCUUUAUGGCUUUGGCAUGAACUUUUAUUUUUAUUUUUUCUGUCGUAUUUUCCAAGGUGCGGCCCCCAGUGGCCGAGUGAGACAUGAAUGUAUAUUUGAAACAGUGCGUUGGGUGAGUGGUGUUGUCUUAUACUGUGGAAUCACUUUAGUACUCUUUACUACAGACCAAAAUAAUACAGUAUAUAAAGGAUAUAUUGAUAUAUUAAAGGUUUUAAUGUUUAUACAGAGAUAUUCUUCUUGUUUUUUUGUACAGUCUGUUUUCCUACAUAGAUAUUUCCUGUGUAUUUUGGAAAGGUAACAUGAAUAUAAGCAGUAUAUAACACGUAUAUUCAGAAAUAUUACCAAAACUGCGUGCCCGACCAGUGUGGGCGAUGCAUGGGCAUUACAGAAAUCCUCCACGGUUUGUCUGAUCCUCCCUGUGUAGUCGAAAUACCUCAAACCCCCCUGACUUUCUUACCCUCCGUCACACCUGUGCAGGUGCAGCUGAUUCAGCUCUUGGGUAGUUUUUUGCACCAGGUGCUCUGCUCCUCGCCUUUCAUUUGUCAGCGAGGACACAGUCGCCUCCACACAGAUACUAACGUACGUAUAGUUUCAUGGCUAUAGAGGAAUGUAUCCACCCGACCCGAAGCACUUAUUUUUUAUUUUAUUCCUUUUGUCCGCUGUGAUUAAUCUCUCUCCUGCAUCCUGCUGUUCACUUCUCUCUGCUUCUUCAGAGCCUCUGCAGCUCUGUUUGAAUCUGUGUUCAAAGAUAUUUUUCCUAUAUUUGUCUUUGAUUAUGUUUCUCAUGAUCAAAAUAAGAAUAAAUAAAUAAAAGUUCAAAUCUG